AUGAAAGUGUGCGCUUGUGUUCUGCUGUUCACAAUAUUCGCACACACAACGAACCCCCAGCAACAGCAACUGAAACAUCCAAACAGAAAUGUCAACCUCGCUCUAGAAACGAUUCUAAAAUUUGAUAAGAAUCAACCAGGCGACAGACUGCUAUUAAAAACAGUUGAAAAAUUCGUCAAACAAGUCAAAGAUGUUCUUCGUAACACUAAACAGACUCACUCGCGACGUAAUCUAACUGACGAUAGAGUACAUACCUUCACUGGUUUUAUACAACAGAUUAUAAGUAUACUCAACACUUACGAUGACAAUGGUUUCCAAAUGUUCCUACAUAUUUUAGGCGAAGAACUGCAAAAAUAUCACUAUAAAGGCUCCAAAUUUCAUGAGUUGACAGAAAUUUAUCAGUUGAAAGUGACUCUUAGAGAAGCUUAUGACUUUAUUAAAGAUAAACCUGCUUCAGAAACCAGGUUCAUAGUUAAUUUCAUCGGAGAUGUAUUAAGAAAAGAGUCGUAUGAUGACAAGAUGAAAGAUUUUGUUGCUUACCUAAAUUCUUUAUACACAAAGGACGAUGAAGAGAAAUUCCAUAAAGUGCUUAAAGAUUUGGAAUCUUAUGGUCGAAGUAGAUCUUGGACUGAUGAUAAUUUCGUCAAAGUUAUUAAAGAAGGAGUCAGAGCAUUGGUCUUUGAUCACUAUUCAAACUUAGAUACAGACACAAGAAAAGAAUUAAAAGAUAAAAUCGCUUCAUUCUGGAAGUCUUCUAAACCAGCUUUAAGAACAACUUCUGAAGUCAUUUUCAUUACAGACAUUCGUCCCACAAAAGCAAAUACAGGAGUAAAAAAUACAAUACCAAUUUUAGUAACUAAGACAUCGUCAAGUCCAAUCCAUAAGAUCGGUAGACAAGGUUACAAUUACUCGGAUUCAGGAGAAUUCUAUAAAGAUAUAAGCGCCUCAAACAUGAAAUAUAAACCUUCAGACGAAUCUUCUGAUUUGAAUACUAUUGAAGAGUCAGAAGAAAAACUGACUGAAGCUCCUCACACAAGACGUUAUGCUACUUUGUUUUAUGAAGAAAUUUCUCCUAUAGAAGAAGUAAAGACGACAAAAUCAAAGCAACCUGCUGUUUUUGCUAAUGUACAAAGAUUUAAGAUAGAUGAAGAUGAAGAAAAUCUCGCCCUAAGAGCCGGUAAAGAUGAAUUUGAACCCACAGUUAGUAACAAGCCAAGAAAACAUAAGAAGAAAUAUGAUAAACAUGUAAAAUCUUACGGUGUGAAGAAAAUUAAAACUACACCGAAACCUGUACAAUGGAAUGUAUCAAGUAAUCUUAAUAUCAUGGAUUCGUAUAAACAAGUUUUUGAAUCGCUAAAGAAAAUUGGAAGACUCGCAAUCGAUCUUCAGGAUUCACCAACAAAAUUAUCAGGGAACUCCACAACACCACCAAAGAGUUUAAACUUCCGCGCAUUCUUGAACUUGGAACCUCAGACCACUAGCUUCGUGAAAUGGCACAUUGGAGGCAGGACAAAAUACGACCAGACAAAAUUCGCAUCAGCUCACGUCCACACAGAAGAAGAAAUAUCGGUGGAACAGUUCAAAAGAGACUUAGAAAGAGAAAGAAAACAUUUGAGAAGAUCUUUGAGUGAUAAUAAGGGGAAUCUAGGAAUAAAGGACCUACAAAUGAUUAUUGAAAGACUGAAUUAUUUAGGGAAACAGAUUGAGGAAUUGAAGCAAGCCAACGCUUUGAGGACUUGUCAAACAAACGAUAAAAAUCAAACUGGCAAAUGCUUUAGAAGUGAUAACGGGAGAGAUGCAAAAGACGACUCAUAUGUCAAACUUGUUGAAGUAAAAAGAGGUAGUUUGAGGCAGAAGUAUAACAUAACAAAUAAUACAGGUAACAUUGUUAUUAGAAAAUGCGAUAAAUGUAACGUUUCUCGGUUAUACAGAAAAGUUUUGAAGACAAAUAAAACUGGGUUGUAUCACACUAAUGUGAAAUCAGAUCAAAAAGUAGCAAGAGUAAAUAAGACUUUGUUAUCGCACGAUAGACAUAGAAUGAGAGAUACUACGUCAGUUUUCAAUUCGACACAAUCAAAUAACAAAAUAAUUCGUGAUUUUAAUAAGCACUUUUCUCUAGAUGUUACCCAUGACCUAAAAGAUGGUAGAAAGUCUAGAUAUAAACUAACGACUAGUGGUAGGAAAUCUAAAAGUGAUACAGCGAAUAUCACUGCAAGAUCUAGAAGGGUUUUAAAUUUCUCUUCCCCGCCACAUUAUGAUAUAUUUCAUCCAUCUGUCGUAUGGUAGGAUUUAUUUUAAUGUAACAUUAAAAAGAUUUAAAUUGA